UAUAUACAGUUUUCUGUCAUUGAAAAUCACCGUCAGUCAUUCAGAGCAAAUAUCGACUGUAUACGAGUAAGUGGAAUUGUGCCAGUUCUUGUGUACAAUUAUAGUAUCGAAAAUCGUAGUAGUCUAAAUAUGAGCCCAGCAAGUAUGAGCCGAAUGAAAUCAAUAAGUCCGGUUUAAGUUACACAUAUCAUUGAUUAAUUUAACGUAUUGAUUGAUGGUCAUUAUGAUCAUUACAGGUGAAAUAAGUCAUAGGUAUUAAAUAGGCCUGUACAUUCCAAAUUGGUGGCAUUCCACUGGGAUGCCUUAAUGUUGACUGCAAGAUGCCAGAGCAAUGUGUAAUUUAUUUUAGUGUAGUGAAGAUCACGUUUUUAAAGACAAAGCUCAACCUCAGACAGCAGUCCUUCAAAUUACUUUACUGUGAAUUAUACUUAGAUUUCCACCUAUCUUGUUCCUCUUUUAAUUCCAUUAUAAAUCCCCUUUCGAUGCAUCCUUUUCAUACAGGCCGCGCGCUCGCGCUGAGUGUGCGUGCGUGUGCGGGAGUGAAAUGAAGAGAGGCUCUGAGCUCACGUGCGCGCGCAGGCGUGCGCUUGCGUGUUUUCUUAAAGCUUUAUGUGCUUUUACCAGAGGGCUAUGAGGAUACAAGCUACAUGUUCCGCAGCACUCCCCGCUCACAAUUGGUGGAAAAUGGUCAGGUGACACUGUCAUAUUGUCCUCCUUUGAGCCAACCUUAGCUAUAACACUAGGUUUGACCGUCUUAACUCGAGUAUAGAAAUUAAUAAUAUUGAAAUCUGAGUAUCACCUGAAAGACCCAGAGACGCCAGGAGGUUGCCAUCUUAUGCGACAGAAAAAUACACACUUGCCCUGAAAGUAGUAUCCCAACUGUGAGAGUUGAGGGAUUGAGACAGAGAGUAGUUGGAUGAAAAAGAGAAACAGGAGGAAGAGCACACGUGAGGCCGAUAGGGAAGGUAUGAAUUCGUAUUUCGCGAACUCGUCGCUCCCCUGCCAUUUAUCUGGUGGUCAAGAAGUUCUACCAAACGUCUCUCUAAACUCGGGCGGCUAUGACCCAGUCAGACAUUUCUCGUCCUACAGCUCACCCAUGAGUCAAAACCGGAUUUACGCUUCGCCCUUCUAUUCACCUCAAGAUAACGUAUUUGGGACGGGUCGAGGACCAUACGACUAUGGAUCUAAUAUAUUUCUCCAAGAAAAAGAUGUGCUCCCUAGCUGCAGACAAACAAGAAUGGGACUUAAUGGUCAGAGCCACAUCACUCAGGACUACAACUUGGAUCCAGGCAGGAAUGGAACACAAGAGCAGAAAGGCAACGUUCAGAUAUAUCCAUGGAUGCAGCGCAUGAACUCGCACAGUGCAGGGGUUGGCUAUGGUGUAGACAGACGCAGAGGUCGCCAGAUCUACUCCCGGUACCAGACACUGGAACUGGAGAAAGAAUUCCACUUCAAUCGGUAUUUGACGAGACGAAGACGCAUCGAGAUUGCCAAUGCGCUCUGCCUAACUGAACGCCAGAUUAAAAUUUGGUUCCAGAACCGCCGUAUGAAAUGGAAAAAGGAGAGCAACUUGACCUCUACUAUCACGGCGAGUGAAUCCACUGUUGUAUCUCAAGAGGCAAACAAAGAGAGUGAUGAAAAUGAGCCAGAGGAGAAAAAGGAGGACUGAUCCUCAUUCUCCAAAUUCCUGCAUUCUGAACAUUUAGUAGACAUAGUAGUAGACAGCAACAUAACUACCUAUUCAUGACAUUUUACACUUUAAUGCAUGAUAAGCAUUGUUAUUCAGUUCCUGUUUUACCACCUCCUGUGCGUAUGUACCCACUUGCAGGCGCAGAAACUCACUCUCCCAUAUCAGUACAGAAAACACGCACGCGCACGCAUACACACCAGCACGCACGCAUGUUGAGAAACUGCAACAACUAGGUUUUUAUAUUUAGUGCAAUUCUGCCGUUUGAAUCGGAGUGAGGAAUAUAUGCAACUUUGUGUGCUUGAUAGUGCCAGUUUUAUCCUGUUGCAAAAAUGGAAAUAAUUGUUAUCCUAUAGAGCAGUCCAUAAACAUUUGGCCAGGGCAAUGAGUAGGCUACAUUUGCCUUACAGAUGGAUCGGCAAACCGUGCGCCUCAGCGUUCAUUCCAAAUGAAAACUGAAUUACAUAUACAUUUCUGUUGUUAACUUCUUUUGAUGUUGUUGACAUAAUGUUGUAUAAAAAUAUUUUUCAUGAAUUUCGAUGUCUGUCCUAAUGGACAAUAUACACUACCUACAGACGAUUGUUCAUAUUUGUAUAUAUUAAUCCACUGCUCAAGCAUGGAUUUCAACCUUUCGUUUGCUAUUUUUUUUAAGUGUGAAGCACACUUUGGCUUGUACAGGAGAAAUUGCCUAGGCAAACGCUUUGAAGUAUAACAUUAAAAUUAUACAGAACAAAAAUAAUCUCAUUUUUGAUGUGAAGUGUUUUAAACU